AUGGCAUACGACAACAACGUUGAUCUCUGUACUCAUUUAUCACUUGCUAGGUGUCCUUGUAAUACAAUGGUGUGUACCCAUUUGUCACUUGGUAAGUGUCAUUGCAACACAACCAAUGAAGAUGUCUUUGUUUCUUUAACCAAGAAGAGGAAGAUGUCUGAAGAAACCUCUGUUGCUGCAAGAAAGAAGGUUUGUGGAGAGAGAAGUUGGGGCUCGCUCCCAAAAGAUUUGGCUGAGAAUUUAGUGGUGCCGGUGUUGGAUGGUGAUGUUGAAAAAGGUGUUCAAGUUGAGAUUUGGGAUAUGGACACUGCCUCCAUUCAUUCUUUAGUUUUCAAGAAAUGGGUUUCUUCAAGAAGCUAUGUUUUCAUUGGGAAUUGGGUUAAAUAUUUUGUAUCAAGAAGAGGCUUAAAGAAAGGGGAUGAGAUAAGCCUUCAUUGGGAUUCAUACAAUAAUCGCUUUGAUUUUUCUGUUCUUGAUGCCAUUUAG